ACUAUAAAACGCUAAGUUGUCUCUGUGAUCUAUCGGCUCAAUCACUCACAUUUAAAGAAUAUUUUUCACUCCUCUCACCAGAGUUAUUCCUACUAGUAAAAGUUUUAUCUCAGAUCUAAUCUCAAUGGAAAAAUAUGAGAGACUAAGUGAAGAAGAAACUUAUUGGUGGAUACCAUUUAAGUUCCUCGACCAAAUUCUUAAAGCUAUCCUCAAGUGCCUUGGUCUUCUUCAUCAUGAUUCUCCAUCCACGAAAACGGAGUCGUCUCCGGUGACUUCAAACCAGCCGUUGCAGGAAGAAGAAGAAGAAGAAGAUGUUGUGAUGGCAGAAAACGCCACUAUAACGAGUACGGGGAGUAAAAUCGUUGUGACGAGUAGAGGGACAAAGAUGAAGGCAAAGCCAAGGAAGAAGGAAGAGAAAAGCACGGGCCGUUCUGGCAAACAUCACAAAUACGAUCUUUAGCUCAUUUAAUUUGCAGUCUAAUGUGUUCUAUUUACAGUGCACUCAGUGUUAUUUACUAAGUACUACGUAGCAUCAGUGUUAUUCAUAUUUCUGUUUGAGAUUUGUGUGUUUAAUAAUAUUAAUAACUUAUGCCA